AUGAGAGUUUUGCGGGGCCUCCCGCCCGCCGCCACCCUGGCGCUGCGCGGCCCCUGCGGCCCCUUCCUCUCGCCCAACGAGGAUGACUUCGUGGGCCGCAUCGCGGCCGAGCUGGAGCAGUUCGCACUGCGGGGCCAGCAGCGCAGGGUGCUCCUGUUCCCGCCGCUCUCCAGCCGCCUCCGCUACCUGAUCCACCGCACCGUAGAGGACGCGGACACGCUGAGCAGCUUCUCGGUGGGCGAAGGAUGGAGGAGGAGGACGGUCAUCUGUCACUCGGCCAUAAGGCUGCCCGAGGAGGCCAGCGAGCAAAACGCCCGCGCCGCGCGGCCGCCGCGGCCGCCCCCGGCCCGGGGCUGGGGCGGCCGAGCCCCGGGGCUGCGCGCGGGCGCCGAGGGGCCCGGCGACGCGUCUCGCGCCUGCGUGGGCUCCGGGCGCAUCAGGCGGCCGCCGCGCAGGAAGCCGGACAAAGCGCUCUACGUGCCCAAGGCGAUGCGCCGGAGAGCGGAGCGGGGCCAGGGCCCGCGCGGUGACGUCUGCCCGGAGGCGCUGGCAGAGCCGGGAGAGCGCGAGGGCAGCGCGGAGGCCGACGCAGCGGCGCUUGGCAAAGAGCAGGACCUGGGAGAAGCUGGAGAAGAGCCUGUUUUGGAGGAGAGCGGGGCUGGGAAUGCUGAGCGUCCUGCCUGCUGUGUGGAUGCCUCCUUGCCCACCAGCAGCACUGACCUCCAGGGGCAGGAAGGUCCGCAUAGAGACUGCUCUGAAGCCCUCGAUUCCGGACAUGACGAGAGCCCGAGCGGAGCAGAAGAGGAGCCCAAGAGCUGUGACAAGGCCCUGGAGCUGGAAGGUGGCGAGACCGCAGGCCAGCCGCAAGCUGCAGACCAAGGCAGCGGCGCUGGCACCAAGGACAUCUCCCCGUCCCGCGGCCGUGGCAGCUGCACCGACAUCACCGCAGCGGAGCCUGCAGCGGCCUUGCUGGCACUCAAAGCCCAAGAUAAGAGCUGCGCUGACGCCGAGAUACCGGCAAGCGGCGAGAACCUGGCAGCGCUGGAGGAGCAGAGCCAGGACCCAAGCGCCAGCGUGUCGGAGCUGUGCCGGAGUCCUUCAGCGCAGGGAGCCCAAGGUCGAGACAGCCCCCGGGUCACCAAACGCGAGCAAACCCUGGGAGCCCAGGAGCCGAGUGCCCCCGAUGCUGCCCAUGAUGAGGAACCAUCCACUGCCAACACCCAGAGCCAGGUGGAUGCUCCCAUGGGGAGAACGGGAUCUGAGCGGGAAGAGGCGGACGAGGAGCGCUCGGGCUUGGCCGACAUGCUGUGGCACGAGCUCCGGGUGUCUGCGGACGACAACGCGGAGGAGAGCCCGGCCGGGCGCGAGCAGGAGGAUGGCUUUGAGGACGACUGCACCGUGGAGCUCUUGGAAGAGAUUGCAGCUCAUUUAACUGUGAAGGACAUAAGCGUGGAGAAGAUCAGUUUUGAUUAUUGCAGUUACGGAGACGCGCAGCUCAGCGAAAGCGACUUCAGCCACGUAGUAGAAAUCUACGACUUCUCCCCAGCGCUGAAAACGGAGAACCUGAUGGAAAUAUUCUCUGACUUCCAGGAGAGUGGGUUCAAAAUCCAGUGGGUUGAUGACACACAUGCCCUGGGCAUCUUCUGCAGCGUGACAGCAGCAUGUCAAGCCCUGGGGCGAAGAUACCCUUCUCUAAAGAUCCGACCAUUGAUCCAUGGGACCAGGCAGUCUAAAAUUAAGGCCCUUCAGCGACCAAAGCUCCUGCAGCUGGCCAAGGAGAGACCGCAGACGGACACGGCGGUGGCCAGGAGGCUGGUGACCAGGGCCCUGGGGCUGAAGCACAGGCAGCAACACGGCUUGGGCGGCCCGGAGCCGGAGCCGGAGCUGGAAAACACCGGGCAGGAGGAGGUGCCGGCUGCGGGAGAGCUGUAGGGGAGCAGGGUCUGCUAAUAAACUGCAUGCACAACAGGGAGUUGCCCCGGGGGGUGUUCGCUUGGGGGUUGAGUGCCGGCAUCGCUCCCUGAAGGAGGGAGGGGAAAAAGUUGAUGGAGAUGUUCAGCGGGAGCGCUGCGCCUCUUGCAGACCGUUACAGAGCUCCAGGUGGCUCUUGCAGAGCCAGGGCUACUUACAAAGAGAAAAAUGCUUUAAAAAGGUUGAAAAAAUGCACUAGAAUAAGGGAGUUGUAUGUUGUUGGCCAAAGUUCAGCUGUAAGCGAGAACAGAGUAUUGUUUAAUGUUUACUUUGUUGUAAUGUUUUUGUUAAAGUUUCCCACAAAACUGACUACCAUCAAAUACAAGCGAAUUUCAG